GUGAACCGGGGACGCUGGGAGGCGAAAUAAACAAUCUCCGGACUCGAAGUAGCCACGGCCGCGCAGUUUUACCCCUUUAAACACACGAUCCCACCACCCAUCCGAGAAAUACAAGGUUACAGGUGUGUGCUGGUAGUGAACGUGUGGUGCAGCAGGCCAGUCUUGGCAGCAUGGUGAAGGCCCAGAAGUCAGCUGGGAGGAAGAGCUCUCACUGUCUCCGCAGACAGAGUGGUGGUCAGACGGAGAUGGAGGAAGGCCAGCUCCAGUCAGACACCCAGCAGCUGCCGCAGGCGCAGCCCGAAGGAGGAGACCAGUCCUCUGAUCAAGCCCAACUCCAGGCCGCUGCUUCAGCAGAGGCACUGCCUGAGAACUGGGACCAGAAGGAAACACCAAUGGACAUCCAGGAUAAGAGCGAUUCUGCUUCCCAGAACCAGGCCAAGCCUCUGUGGAAGCCCAUUCCCCCUCUGCUGCCUGAGCCCAACCACCAAAGGGGCGCUACCACUGAGACCAGGGACCAGAGCUGCCAGACUGAGGAGCAGCUUCAGCAGACCAGCGCUGGCAGCCAUGCUCAUAACACAGGUCUCUGUGUUGAGCCUGGAGAUCCUCCCCUGCUCCAGCAGCCUCUGCAGACCUCCAAGUCCGGGAUUCAGCAGAUAAUUGAAUGCUUCCGUUCAGGCACCAGUCAGCUGAAACACAUGCUGCUGCGGGAGGUGGACACCAUCUUCGAGUGUAAACUGUGUCGCAGUCUGUUCAGAGGCCUGCCCAACCUCAUCACACACAAAGAGUACUACUGCCUAUCACGGCUGCCUGAGCCUGAUGGUUCGUCAGGUGACGACAGACAGAGUGUAGCCAUGAAGGAUCUAUUGGAGGCCAUAUAUCCCAGAGUUGACCGACCAGACUACGUGGUCCGCCUGGAGCCUAUUCAGACUACUACCAAGGCCGUGUUCCAGUACCUCACCACAGAAGAAGAGCUGGCUAGAUAUCCAUCACACACACCCAGUGCCAGAGAGAGUCCGGUAGCAUGGGAAGGAGAACAAGUGGAGGGUGUGGACAACAACCAGGCGAGCCAGCGAGGAGGGCCAGAGAGCCACAACAGCCCAGGACACAACCAGGGACAGAGGAGAUGGGAGGCUGAGGAGGAAGCUAAAGAAGAGCAGCCGCAGCCUGAAGAUGAGGGAUCCACGAGUGGGGUUGAGGACGUGACAAUCUCCUGUUGUCUGUGUGGUCAGGACUUUAACUCGCGCCGUAGCAUCAGACGCCACUGCCGCAAAAUGCAUCAGACCAAACUCGAGGAGCUCCGAAAGUUCACAGAGACAAGAACAGUUCCCACAAGCCUGCUGUCCAUGGUGAAAGGUCGGCCGAGGACUCUCAGCACACCUACCGGAAAAUCCUGCCCAGUGUGCCUCAAAACCUUUGCUACCAAAGCCAACGUGCGCCGUCACUUCGACGAGGUGCACCGCGGUCUGCGGAGGGACACCAACACACCCAGCAUUGCCCCGAGGCCCGGCCAGCCCUUCUCCGUGGAGGUCACGCCUCCCAGGAAGAGCAACAACACCUCUCCGACACGUGGCCACAACUCCAAGGCCACCCCUGUGAACUCCAAAACAGCGCCUUCAAACCAAAACCAAGCCAAACCUCAGAGUCCGCUCCCAGCCUCUCCGCAGGCGAACCCGGCCUCCUGUCGCUGUACGCUCUGCAAGAGGAACUACAGCUCUCAGCUCAUGUUGAAGAGACACAUGCGUAUUGUCCACAAAAUAUACAGCAUCAAAAGUAACAGGUCUGCUGCCACGGCGACCUCAGCCACUACAGCAGCAACUCCUAACAGCACCAACACCAACUUAGGCCCAAGCAACAACAUCCGAGUGAAAGAGGAAGCAGUGGAGCCCUCAGACGAAGACGAGGACGAGGACAUCGACAGCAGCCCCGCCCCGUCUCCGAGCGACAGCACUGGGACAGGUAAAGGUGUUUCUGUGCCGCACAACGCCAUGAAGGUGAAGGAGGAGGAAGCCCCAUCGAGCCCAAAGAUGAUGUCAUCAUUGUCUUCAUCGUCUUCCCGCGGGGGCAGCGUUUGCAGUGGGGGCGUCUCCGCCGCCAAAAUGACCAAACUGUCCGUGGGCUUUGACUUCAAGCAGCUCUUCUGCAAACUGUGCAAGCGACAGUUCAGCUCACGGCAGAACUUAACAAAGCACAUUGAGCUGCACACGGACGGAAACGACAUCUUCAUUAAGUUUUACCGCUGCCCUCUCUGUCGCUACGAGUCGCGCCGCAAACGCGACGUCCUGCGCCACGUGACUGUCGUCCACAAGAAGUCAUCUGCAUACCUGGCAAAGAUCAUGCCCAAACUGGAGAGCAGGGCGGUGAAGCGGCUUGCUGAGGUAGUGCUGAACAAUACGAGCCCUAACAAGAGGACAAGCACCAGCGUCAAAGAGGAAGUGAACGGACGCCACGCCUCUUCGUCGUCGUCCUCCUCUCCUUCACCACCCAUCACACGAAAGCAAGAGGGCUCCACACCUGCCCCCACCUCCUCCUCCUCCUCCACAUCCUCGUCCUCUGCCCCACCUCCUGCCCCCGUCACUCGGAAGCAGCAGGACCUCUCAUCGCCAGCGUUCACCCCCUCCCCUCCUGUCACCCGUAAGCAGGAGAGACAGCAGACCCACCAGCAUCGCCCCGUCAGCCCGCCGCUGACCCGCCGCAGUGAAAAACACACACACCAACGCAACUCCUCCUCCUCCACCGCCUCGCCCAGCAACCAGCCACCGCACACCCGGCGGCACGACGCCCAGUCAGAGAGCAGCAGCACAGCGACGUCCUCCACUGAAGUCAGGGUGACCAAGAACUUCUCCCUCCACGCUUGUGACCAGUGUGGACGAGCCUUUGCCAAGAAGCUGUACCUGGAGUCUCACAAGCGAAGCCAUCGAAACGCCGCAACAGCAGCAGGCAGCAGGAGGAAAGGAGUCAGCACCCGCUCCAAAUCCCUGGUCUGGUGAAAGACACAGUUCCGCCGGGGAUAACGCACAGGCGAGCCGCUAACAAUGAAGAAGUGAAUCGAAACUUUCCAUUGGAAAAAAAUAAUGGAGGGACGGAGCGAGCGCAGAGCAGAGAUGAAGGAAACAAACAAAAGGAACAAUGCCGCACAACGGGACUGAAGUACAAAGGCUUUUCCUCCUUUUGCUUAAGAGCCAAAUAUAUUGUUGGAAUCUAACAUUUUAUUUUGUAUAGUUUCAUUAUGAAGCCAGCCAGAUGGUGGCGCUGCUAUCCACACAGAGAGAGGCUGUUCACUGCUGCUGUAUAUAUCUGUAUUUACUUACUGCAGUAUGUAAAUAUAGAUCCAUAUGCAGGUGACUGAUUUGUACACCUUUAGCAAAAGGAUGAAGCUGCAGUAGACUAUGGAAGUGUGUGUGUGUGUGUGUGUGUGUGUGUGUGUGUGUGUGUGUGUGUGUGUGUGUGUGUGUGUGUUUGAGAGUGUGAGAGAGAGAGAGAGAGAGAGAGAGAGAGGAAAGGGGAAUCAGAACUGGAUUGUGGCCUCCACAGGAAACAGACUGGAAACUUUUUUUUUUUUUUAGAAGAAGAAAGAACUUGCUUUAACCCUCAUAGUCUCACACAGAGACACAAAAUGUGUUUGGGUUCAUCUCAACUAUCAUUUCGAAUCAGUUAAUCUUCAUCUUUUCUGUAUAUUCAGACUUUAUAUACGAUUGUUGAGGGCUUGUCAGUGUGAUAUGUUCGUCCCCUCCUUUUCUCUUCCCCUUCAUUUUACAUUUUCACUUUUAACGAGGCACUGUUUUCAGAGAGAACCCAAGGACUGUGUGUGCACGUUUCCUAACUCCACUUCUAUCAAUUUCCAGUGGUCACAGGUGUUUUCCUACAGUUCGCAGUUUUUUUUUCUGAUUAUGCUUGCCUGUUUUCCUUACUAUAUAUUAGCUAACUUAUCAUCCCCAGAAAUAUAGAGACGUAUAGUAGAGAAGAGGGAAAUAUAAAGCAGAGAACCAUCAGGCUUUUCUGAAGCUUCAAUUGCACAUCAGUUUCAAUCACAUUGGCUGCGUAUUAAUUUUCUCCCAAAUAUGUGGAUUAUUUCAGACUGUAACAUCAAUUCUACUCUUAACUCUGUGUUGCUCUGUUACAGGAAAAACAUUCCCUCUGUGGUUAAUCACUUGUGUUAAUGUGCGAUCAGGAAAGAGGAGGAUGGACAUGCUAUGAGGAGUAAUGUGUGUUUGGAUGCAUGGUCACUUUUGGUGUAACAGCUAUUCUGCUUUACACAUUAGAAAAUAUUAACUGGAAGAGAUCUAACUCCCAAAUAUCACAGAGAUGAUGGUUGGUCAGAAAACAGUCAUCACACCGUGCUGCUGUGCUGCGCAGCCCACCUGUCGCUGUAAUGCUUUUAAUCACGUUUCGGCCAAUCAGAGCUAAAACCGAAACUGGCGACGAUGCAUCAGUGGUGUCACAGAAACGUGGAUGCUAGUGAGUUCUUGCAAAACCUGACGUGUCAAUCUCAACUUAACGCAGCAGCAGGUGUAACAGGUUCGAACUGAAUCUGCCUUCAGUGGAACGACAAAGGGCCAAAACAUAAACAAAUCGGAAAGCUACGUACCUCUUCUAAGCUAAACACUUCUAACAGUUUACAUUAAACGUGACUAAAUGCUGCAUCAUUUCCUUUUUGAAAGUGAGCUUUUCAUGUACUCAAACUUAAGGGGGGCUGCACCUGUGUGAUCACAGCUCCUGAGGUAGUCUCUGAAACACUGGCAGGCACGUGAGGAAAAGGACAGAGGAAGACCAAAUGUAGAUACGUCUUAACGUUCAAACAGAAAGCCAUGAAAUGGAACAAAACCAGAAGAAAGGAAAGACCAAACUUUAUUUUUAUAACUGAAAACGCUAAAGCGAUAAGGUCUUGAAAGCAUGUAUAUAUGGAUUCAUCCUGCAGGGAUGGUAUAAAUAAUAGUUAUAAUAGUCACAAUAGUUACUGACUUGUACUUAACUGUUGUUUGACCAUAUGCUUCAAACAUGUCUGACUAGUUACUGCUCUGUCACUGUUCAACACGGAGGCAAGUUUGCGUUGUUCUACAAUGAUUAGUUGUCUUUCUUUGUGUCUCAUUCCUUUUGAAAGAGGACGUUUUUGUUGGGAUGUCUCUCAAGAAGAGAACAGGAAUCAAACCUCAAGAGACUUUUAGGACGUUUUUUGUUUUUGUUUUUUUUUAAUUUUGUCAUUUCUCUUAUCAUCAGUUGUAAUAUGUUAUUAGGCUCACACUCUAGAGAACUUGAGAAGAGUUAGAGAAGCCUUUCAGAUGUGACAAGAAUGUUAAAACCAACCACUUAAUAAAUAAAAAUGUACUGCU